AUGCUUCUUCAAGUCUUUGGAGAAAUUAUUUGUGAACAAUCUAUUGGUUGCAUUUUGCGGUACGUUUGAGCACGAUCCACAGCGCUGGCGGCAAUAUUGUUUGUUAAUCAUCAAUACUCAUGAUGGAAAACUGGUCGAACGCGUCCUUCCCACUAUUCUGCCGUCUACCACUCGAGAUCCGCACGAUGAUUUGGAACCACGUCCUCCCUCCUCCACAUCACCAGAGUCUCGACAUAUCGGAUAGCAUCUACCUUCAGCAUGGUGAUCAUGAGUACAACGCAGAGCGUCUACGCUGCUCUCGAGCCGCUCUUGGGACCUGCGUCGAAUCAAGAACUCUGUUCAUGAAGCAACAUGCUGUUUUUAGUCGUCGCAAGGCACUCGUGAGCGGGAUCGCACAGUCGUUCACCCGGAUAUAUGGGAUUCCCUUCACCGAACCGUCAACACCUCAAUGCGCCGAGUAUAUCGGGCGACCAAACGUUGUACAACGGUGCCGCGAUACUUAUUUCGUUUCUCACGGUUUGGGUUGGAACACACGCAUGAGGAUAUAUAUCGAUGGCAUCGAGGAACUCGUGCCUGGUUUGCUCUCUUCGAUUCGAACGGUGGAGGCCCGCGAAGUGGAUUGGAUGGACCCCAAUCUUUUCCCGAGCCGCGACGACGACGACGACGAUUCACACGGAUGGCAGCUCUGGUGGCUAGUGCGGCUUUCGGGACUGCAAAAUGUUUGCUUUACAGGGUGUCGAAUCAAUCUCAAAGAAUGGGAUGGGAAGGAGGGAUUCUUGACGAAGGUCGAAAAACAUUUGAGAAUGAGAAUGACGGGCGAGUCAAGGUCUCUGAAUGUGACAAUAAGGGAUUGGCAACCUUUGCAGCUUGAUGUACCAUUUAAUUUUGAUGCAGUGUCGCAUUCAGUAAGAACUUUUCAAGUGGGUAAACCGGAAACUGCGGUUGGCUAGUAAAUCAAUGUAUUAGGAUGGUCUGAAAAUGCAGGUCGAUGAUCCUCAGCGCCGG